CUGGCCCCCCACGAAAACCCCAUCGUGUCGCUGAACAAGUGGGGACAGUACGCGAGCGACGUGCAGCUGAUCCUGCGCCGCACCGGGCCCUCUCUGAGCGAGCGGCCGACUUCGGACAGUGUGGCUCGCAUCCCGGAGAGGACUCUGUACCGGCAAAGCCUGCCCCCCCUGGCCAAGCUGAGACCUCCCGGCGACAAACCCAUGAAGAGGAGGGAGCCCAAGAGGAAGUCCCUCACCUUCACUGGGGGGGCCAAAGGGUUAAUGGACAUCUUUGGGAAGAGCAAGGAAUCCGAGUUCAAGCAAAAGGUGCUCAACAACUCCAAAACGACAGCGGACGAGUUGAAGAAAUUGAUCCACCUCCAGACGGAGAAGCUUCAGUGCAUCGAGAAACAGCUGGAGUCCAACGAAGCCGAGAUCCGCUACUGGGAACAAAAGUAUAACUCCAGCCUGGAAGAGGAAAUCCUCAAGCUAGAGCAGAAGAUCAAAAGGAACGAAGUGGAGAUUGAAGAGGAAGAGUUCUGGGAAAACGAGCUCCAGAUUGAGCAGGAGAACGAAAAACAACUGAAAGAGCAGCUGCAGGAGAUAAGGCAGAGGAUCCUGGAGUGCGAGAACAAGCUGAAGGACUACGUGUCGCAGAUCCACAACAUGGAAAGUGGCCUUGAAGCAGAGAAGCUGCAGCGGGAAGUUCAAGAGUCCCAAGUGAAUGAAGAAGAGGUCAAGGAAAAGAUCGAGAAGGUGAAGGGUGAAAUCGAUAUUCAGGGUCAGCAGAGUCUGAGACUAGAAAAUGGCAUUAAAGCUGUAGAAAGGUCUCUGGGCCAAGCUACCAAACGGUUACAGGACAGGGAACAAGAACUGGAGCAACUGACAAAGGAGCUGAGACAGGUCAAUCUCCAGCAGUUCAUCCAGCAAACGGGAACGAAGGUUACGGUGCUGCCAGCAGACCCUGUCGAGGUGGAGGCCCCGCACGUGGAGCUCGAGAGAGAGCCGACAUUUCAGUCUGGAUCCCUGAAGCGCCCUGGCUCAUCGAGGCAACUCCCCAGUAACCUUCGAAUUUUACAGAAUCCCCUGUCGUCUGGUUUUAACCCGGAGGGCAUUUAUGUAUGACAGUACAUUCCUCUUCUGGAGAGGACCUAGCAAGGUAGCCUGGACAAGAUACACUUUUCUUUUGUUCUGCCAGUGAUGAAUGAAAGAAGGUAUUUUAUUUUUUUUUCAAACCACCAUUUUUUUUCUUCCUUCCUCCAACACACCACUUGGAGCCAUACCCUGUGCACUGAUGCUAAAGAGACAGAGGAACUGUCUUGAUUCAUAACUGGCAAGGAUGAACUUGCUGUCAGCACAGCUCGAGUGCAAAACUUCAUUUGGUUUUGCCAUUUCAGAAGUGUUUGGGAAAGUAUUGUUCCUUGUGUAGGCAUAAAUAAAAGACUGAGCGUGAAAGAAACCAUGUAUGCAACCAAUCUGAGGUUUAAUUUAUUCCCUUUAAUCAAUGGACGUGUGAAUGUUGACGUUUUAUAUUUUUAUUUUUAACUUGUGAAUAAUCACGAAUGGCUGUAUGUCAGUCUGACAAGGUGACUUUUAAUUUUAGUGUGCAAACGUCCCCCAUUUGAUCAAGUACGCCAACUUGCAAUGCAGCGUUCUGUGGAGUACUGAACCAUUACAAUAGUUUCUCACCACUGACUGUUAAUUUCUGUUGUGGGUCAUAAUAUGUCAUGUUCCAUCCAUUGCUAUCUUUUAAGGCUUGAAGAAUGAGCUUGUGGGAUUUACUUGCUGUUGAAUCUGCCUUGAAUGAAGCACCUAUCGUUCAAAAGAUUUAUGGAAUUUAAACCUUGGCUUGGUAAAAGCAUUUCCAGCAUAUGAUUGAGGAUGCACUAGUUAGAUGAUAUUUUAUUAUAUAGAAUGUAUAUUUGAAAUAUUUUGCCACAUUGUAUAUGCCUUUUGAGAAAAGAACAAUGUAAGAAGUUGUCUCUUUGUAUAUCUUACCAAGAGAGAGUAGGUGGUUUUCA